AAUGAUUUGCGGCGGCUGCAGCUCCUGGUAGGGAGGCGGGCGGGCAGCGGCGAGCCCCAGGCAGCCUCGGCGCUUAUCUGGUCCGCGGAGCGAGGCAGGCGCGGUGGGCAGGGUCUUGGGGGAGCCGGGAGCUUAUAAGCGGGCAGGCGCUCUGGACGGGGACGGCGGCGGCUUGUGCCAAGAUGCCUCCAGCAGCGCCGAGCGUCCUGCUGCUGCUGCUGCUGCUGCUCCUCGGGUCGGCGCUCGCCUUGGAUGCCCCUCCGGUGCCCGGCAAUUACUCGGCGACGGAGGAGGGAGCCCGCCAGUUCGCCACGGACUAUAACAGCACCGGGGAAACCGUCUUCUUCGAAAGCGUCUCUGCCAGCUGGAACUACAACACCAACCUGACGGACUUUAACGCCCAGCAGCAGGUAGCAGCCUCUUUGAUGGAGCAAGAAUUCACUGAGGUUUGGGGGAAGACAGCAAAGGAUAACUUUGGCCACAUCUGGCAGAAUUUCAGUGAUUCUCAGCUAAAGAAAACCAUCAGUUCCAUCCAGACCCUGGGGCCCUCCAAUUUACCCAUGGAAAAGCGGCACAAGUACAACACUAUCUUGAGUGAGAUGGACAACAUCUAUUCCACUGCCAAAGUGUGCCUACCAAACCAGAACUCCAGCUGCUGGUCUCUAGAACCAGAGAUAACAGACAUCAUGGCCUCCUCUCGCAGUUACAGGAAACUGCUCUAUGCCUGGGAAGGGUGGCACAAUGAAGCCGGCAAUCCUCUGAGACCCAAGUAUGAGGAAUUUGUUGUACUAAGCAAUGAAGCCUACAGAAUGGAUGGCUUCAAGGAUACUGGAGCCUACUGGCGUUCCUGGUAUGAUUCACCCACUUUUGAGGAUGAUCUGGAGCAACUCUAUCAUCAGCUGGAGCCACUCUAUCUAAAUCUGCAUGCUUUUGUCAGGAGGAAACUGUACGAGCGAUAUGGCCCUAAGUACAUCAAUCUGAAAGGCCCCAUUCCAGCUCACUUACUGGGUAACAUGUGGGCCCAGCAAUGGAACAACAUUUACAAUAUGAUGAUCCCUUUCUCAAACAAGCCCAGUCUAGAUGUCACCAACGCCAUGAGGCAGCAAAAUUGGAACGUAACACGCAUGUUCCGGGAGGCGGAUGAGUUCUUCGCCUCGCUUGGCAUGAUUAGAAUGCCACCUGAAUUCUGGGAGAGUUCCAUGCUGGAGAAGCCAACAGAUGGGCGGGAGGUGGUGUGCCAUGCAUCGGCAUGGGACUUCUACAACCGCAAAGACUUCAGGAUAAAGCAGUGCACAACUAUCACCAUGGAGCAGCUCUUCACAGUACACCAUGAGAUGGGUCAUGUUGAGUACUACCUGCAAUAUAAGGAGCAACCCAUAACCUUCCGCAGUGGAGCCAACCCUGGCUUUCAUGAAGCCAUCGGGGAUGUCAUGAGCUUGUCUGUCUCCACCCCCACCCACCUCAAGAAAAUUGGGUUGCUCAGCCAAGUUACUCAGGAUACAGAGAGCGAUAUCAACUACCUAUUGAAAAUGGCUCUGGAGAAGAUCGCCUUCCUGCCCUUUGGUUACCUGAUAGAUCAGUGGCGAUGGAACGUCUUCAGUGGGCGCACUCCUCCCAAUCGCUACAACUAUGACUGGUGGUACCUGAGAACAAAAUACCAGGGAAUUUGCCCUCCUAUUGCAAGAGAUGAAACCAACUUUGACCCCGGUGCUAAAUUUCAUAUCCCUGGCAACACACCUUACAUCAGGUACUUUGUCAGUUUCAUCCUGCAAUUCCAGUUCCACAAGGCCCUUUGCCAAGCUGCCAACCACACUGGCGAUCUUCAUACCUGUGACAUCUACCAAUCUAAAGAAGCUGGACAGAAGCUCAGUGAGGCACUGAGGACUGGAUCUUCCCAGCCCUGGCAGGAUAUUCUCCAACAACUCACUGGCACAAAUAAGAUGGAUGCUACGGCACUGCUGGAAUAUUUCAGCCCUGUUACUCUGUGGCUGCAAGAGCAGAACAGGCGAACCAAUGAAACGCUGGGCUGGCCAGACUUUGAGUGGCGUCCCCCCAUCCCAGAGGGCUACCCAGAAGGCCUUGAUAAAAUAACUGAUGAAACAGCGGCCAAAACAUUCUUGGCAGAGUACAACAGCACAGCCGAAGUGGUCUGGAAUGCUUACACAGAGGCCUCUUGGACGUACAACACCAACAUCACAGAGAACAACAGGCAGAUCAUGUUAGAAAAGAACAUGGAAAUGUCAAACCACACCUUGCGGUAUGGACUCCAGGCUCGGGCGUUUGAUCCCACUGAUUUCAAGGACCCCAGUAUAAAACGUAUUCUGAAGAAACUGAGUGACAUAGAGCGGGCAGCUCUACCUGAAGCAGAGCUGAGGGAGUAUAAUCAGCUCCUCUCAGACAUGGAGACAAUUUACAGCGUAGCCAAAGUCUGUUCAGGAAACACAGGUUGCAAGGCGUUGGAUCCGGAACUCACAGACAUCAUGGCCAAGUCAAGAGACUACGAUGUGCUCCUUAAUGCUUGGAAAGACUGGCGGAAUAUGUCAGGGAAGAAAAUCCGAACCAUGUACAAGAGAUAUGUGGAGUUGAGCAAUACGGCUGCCAUUCUGAACGGUCAUACUGACAAUGGUGCUUUCUGGAGAUCCCUGUAUGAAACACCGACUGUUGAAGCAGAUCUGGAGAACAUCUGGAACCAGCUUCAACCAUUGUACCUCAAUCUGCAUGCUUAUGUCCGUCGGGCUCUCUACAAGAAGUACGGGGCAAGCCACAUCAAUCUGAAGGGCCCUAUGCCAGCUCAUUUGCUCGGAAACAUGUGGGCACAAUCAUGGGCAAAUAUUUAUGAACUUGCCACACCUUUCCCCAAUGCAACCAAAAUCGAUGCCACGCCAGCCAUGAAACACCAGGGCUGGACCGCAAAGAAGAUGUUUGAGCAGUCUGACCAUUUCUUCCAGUCCCUGGGGCUCAUCCCUAUGCCACCUGAGUUCUGGGGAAAGUCCAUGCUGGAGAAGCCAGCAGACGGGAGGGAUGUGGUAUGCCAUGCCUCUGCCUGGGACUUCUACAACCGCAAGGACUUCAGGAUUAAGCAAUGCACUGUCGUGAAUAUGGAUGAUUUAAUAACAGUUCAUCAUGAAAUGGGCCAUGUCCAGUACUUUCUGCAGUACAAGGACCAACCCAUCUCAUUUCGCGAUGGGGCCAACCCAGGAUUCCAUGAAGCCAUCGGAGAUGUCAUGGCCUUAUCAGUGUCAACCCCACAGCACCUAUAUAACAUCAAGCUGCUAGAUCAGGUGGAAGACAAUCCACAGAGUGACAUCAACUUUCUGAUGAGCAUUGCACUGGAUAAGAUUGCCUUCCUGCCCUUUGGCUACCUAAUGGACCAGUGGAGAUGGAAAGUGUUUGAUGGGCGCAUUCCAUAUGAGGAGUACAAUCAACAGUGGUGGAAUCUUAGAUUGAAGUACCAAGGUUUAUGUCCUCCUGUGCCAAGAUCAGAAGAAGAUUUUGACCCAGGGGCCAAAUUCCAUAUUCCUGCAAAUGUCCCAUAUGUCAGAUACUUUGUCAGUUUCAUUAUCCAGUUUCAGUUCCAACAAGCUUUGUGCAAAGUUGCCGGCCACACAGGACCCUUGCACAAGUGUGACAUCUACCAGUCUAAGGAAGCGGGAAAAAUCCUGGGGAAUGCCAUGACGUUGGGCUACAGCAAGCCCUGGCCUGAAGCCAUGCAACUUAUCACAGGGCAACCCAACAUGUCGGCUGAGGCUUUGCUGACCUACUUUCAGCCGCUGACAGACUGGCUCAUUAAGGAGAACAAGCAAAAUGGGGACACUGUGGGCUGGCCGGAAUACACCUGGAUGCCCAAUACGGGCCAAGUGCAAGCAAACGACAGAGUCAAUUUCCUUGGGAUGUCGUUGAGCAGCAGCGAUGCCACAGCUGGCCAGUGGACCUUGCUUCUCAUUGCGCUCUUCCUCCUCAUUGCAACGCUAGUCUUGGGGGCCAAAUGCAUCCAGGCCAGGAGAGGGGGCAAAACUGGCUUGGAAAUGGAGCUGAAAUAAGUUGGAUGUUUUUAAACUCUCUCCUGCCAUGCCUCCAUGUGAGUGUGCAAAGAGGGUGAGUGUGUGUGUGUUGGGGUGCAACAAAGAGGGGGGGUGCUGAUUCUAAUGAGAGAGUGAGCGUGUGCAUGUGUAUUCAUAAGUGUUCAAUGGACAUGAACAGAAAUGCAGAUCAGCUGUGUGUCUGUGAAACGUGUAAUGGUUGUGUUUAUUUACCCAUAGGUCCGGUGAGAAUGUGAGUGCUGAGAGAGUGGAUGUUUGUGUGCAUAUAUGCACAAUGCAUGCCUGUGUACAAGAGUUCUCUGACUAAUGUGUAUGCACCUAUGGGUCAUGUGGGUACAUGUACAUGCAUGUAUCUAUGUGUGGCCCAAUUUUCAAGGCCUACUUCAGGUGUGGGCAACUUACUCUGUGCAUGUGCUCACUGAUCCAGCUUGUAUGUCUGUUCCUGUGAGGAGGCAGCCUUGUACAAACAGGGCAGUUGUGCCAACAAAGGCAUAGGACUCUUUCUUCUAACUAGUUCAUCAAACCUUUUGAUUAUGCAAGAGCCAAAGCAAAAAACAAAACAAAACACCUUAUUUAUUGUAAAUAUCUGGAUUCUUGAAAGGAGAACAAGGAAGAAAAGGAAUGAAGAAUGGAGCCACGAGAUCCAUUUUGGUCAGGGGAUUGACUGGACUGCUUAAAUCAAUGUGGACUCUAUGGGUUUCCUAAAGUUUGCAUAUAUUGAUUUGAGGAGCAGAUGAAUUCUGCACAGAUUGCUGCAGUUCUCGCAGGUGACAACGUUAUGCAGCAGAUGCUGUGUUGGUUUUUUCCAAAAAUUGGAGAGACAUGCGUUUUGCAUCAGGCAGUUUUUAAAAAGCUGUUUGGUACAUGGGCGGCAAUUAAAAUGAGCCACAGUCUCCACGAA